UUUUUAAAGUCCUAAAAGGCUGCUGUUUUUCGUUUAUUUGAACCGCGCUCAGACAUGUCUGUAACCCGUUGCGUUCAUUUGUUUUCUCGGCUCCAACGCCACUUAAACACCCGUACGAGUCGCAUCGCAGGCGGUAGCUGUCGUUUUACUUCUGACUCUAGUUUGUUACUCCAUCAGUAUCCGAGUGGUUCUGCUGUUUUCUGUAGAGGUGUUUCAAAUGGCUCAAGUCCAAAACUUCCGGACACCUCGCUGUUUGUUCCCGUCUCCCUGAACACUGACACUACGGAUGAUGGGAGUGUAGGAGCCGAACUGACUCAGCCUCUUGAUAAAAGUGAAUUGCUCAAAGUUCUGAACCGGUUUUACAAAAGAAAAGAGAUGCAGAAGCUGGCAGCAGACCAUGGCCUAGAUUCUCGUCUGUUCCACCAAGCUUUCAUCAACUUCAGGAAGUAUGUCCUGGAAGUGGCAUCACUGCCAGCUGAUCUGCACAUUAUCCUCAAUGACAUCAUCUGUAGUGCUGGGCAUGUUGAUGACAUCUACCCGUACUUCAUGCGUCAUGCCAAACAAAUUUUUCCGAUGCUGGACUGUAUGGAUGACCUGAGAAAGAUUUCAGACCUGAGAGUCCCAGCAAACUGGUACCCUGAGACUCGAGCUAUCCACCGGAAGGUGAUCUUCCAUGCUGGACCUACUAACAGUGGAAAAACCUACCAUGCCAUCAAGCGCUACCUUACAGCAAAAUCUGGUGUCUAUUGUGGCCCCCUGAAACUGCUGGCCCAUGAGAUCUUUGAGAAGAGCAACAGUGCAGAUGUACCAUGCGACUUGGUUACUGGCGAGGAGAGGACUUUUGUAGACCCGGAUGGUCGAGCAGCUGGACAUGUGGCGUGCACCAUUGAGAUGUGCAGUGUCACCACACCCUACGAGGUGGCUGUUAUUGAUGAAAUUCAAAUGAUCAAAGAUCCAUCCAGAGGCUGGGCGUGGACCAGAGCACUACUGGGUCUGUGUGCAGAGGAGAUCCACGUGUGUGGUGAACCUGCAGCUGUAGACUUUAUCAAAGAGCUGAUGUACACCACUGGAGAGGAGGUGGAGGUUCACACCUAUGAGCGCUUAACUCCAUUAUCUAUCUUGAAUUAUGCUUUGGAGUCGUUGGAUAACCUGAGGCCAGGAGACUGUAUCGUGUGCUUCAAUAAAAAUGACAUUUACUCUUUGAGCAGACAGAUCGAGGUCAAAGGACUAGAGUGUGCUGUAAUAUACGGCAGCUUGCCUCCAGGCACCAAGCUGUUGCAGGCCAAGAAGUUCAAUGACCCCGAUGACCCCUGUAAGAUCAUGGUUGCUACAGAUGCUAUUGGCAUGGGCCUCAACCUGAGUAUAAAGCGUAUCAUCUUUAACUCGCUGAUAAAGCCCAACAUUAAUGAGAAAGGAGAGAAACAGAUGGAGACCAUCAGCACAUCACAAGCUCUGCAGAUUGCAGGCCGAGCAGGAAGGUUUUCCUCCAAAUUUAAAGAAGGAGAAGUCACAACCAUGCACAGAGAUGACCUUCCUGUCCUGAAGGAACUCCUCAGCUACUCUGUAGAGCCCGUAGAGACCGCAGGUCUCCAUCCAACUGCGGAGCACAUCGAGAUGUUUGCUUAUCAUCUGCCUGAUGCAACUCUCUCCAACCUAGUAGACAUCUUUGUCAGCCUCUCUCAAGUUGAUGGUCUCUAUUUUGUCUGCAACAUUGAUGACUUCAAGUUUCUGGCUGAUAUGAUUCAGCAUAUACCGCUUAACCUGAGGUCACGCUACGUCUUUUGUACUGCCCCCAUCAACAAAAAGCAGCCCUUCGUAUGCACGUCCUUCCUAAAAUUUGCACGUCAGUUCAGUCGAGACGAACCCUUAACAUUCAACUGGGUCUGUCGGCACAUUGGCUGGCCUGUGGCUGCACCCAAAAACAUCAAGGACCUGGUUCACCUAGAAGCUGUCCAUGACGUGUUGGAUCUGUACCUUUGGUUAAGCUACCGUUUCAUGGAUAUGUUUCCAGAUACAGCCUCAAUACGACAAAUUCAGCAUGAACUUGAUGACAUCAUUCAACAGGGUGUCCAAAAUAUCACCCGUCUGAUCAGAACCAGUGACCCAAAGCUCACAGACCCUCUGCAGAUACAGAGCAAAACACUUGGCCAAGCGGGGAGUAACCAUGAAGGAUCAAUCAACACUUUGCUGACCAGAAGCAAAGAUCAGAGAGGCUCCAGAGAGAGGAUAAAUCUCUCUCUGACGAGUCGACUGGUGAGAGACGGGCUGUUGACUCCAGAUUUACUCAAGCAGCUCCAGAAGGAAUGGUCUCAAAAGCAGAAAGAAAGUCAGAAUGCACUCAAUGCAGAACAAAAUCAGAACGACGGAAGGAAAAAGAAGCAGUAGAAGAGUAGAAACAGUCAUGUGUUGUCCUCCAUCAUCAUGGUUAGCUCUGUUUUAAUGGACAUUGAUAACGCAUUGAAGCCACAGCUCAGUUGUGUUGAAUUAAAAAGAUGUGCCGUACUGCAACACAACAUGGACACAACAGGAGUUUGAUUCUGGACAUUUGGUCUGGAUUAUAAACUUCAAAAGACUUGAAGUGUUUUUACACUAUCUGUUUAACAUGUGCAACAAAAAUCACCACCUUUGGUUUUUUUUUUUUGCCUACACAUGGACAAAUUGGGCAUGGCUAGAAAAUACUCAUUCCUGAUUAGUGUCUUGAAAAGUGGGCGUCUGGAAAGUAAUUCUCCCUUUUUGUGAACAGAAUAGCUUUGAAAAGUUUUUUGUUCUUGUUUAAGUACAUAUAACUUCCAACAAGCUGUGCUCAGAUUUGUCUGAUAGGAUUAUUAUAUUUUUUUGUCAGGAGGAGCAUGAAUGCUGUUUUAGAUGCAAAAACAUUUCCAGUGUAGAUGCAUUUGACUUUUUUUUUUAUUUCACUCUGUUCAAGCAAGAGACUCUUCAGAAAGCAGGUCAAACUGUAA